UCUCAGCGCACGGGGACGCACGUCAGGCGGUUCAAAGAGGAGCAAAGAUGGCGGACAACAAAGGCCAAGGGGAUACAGAGAGCCCAGCUAGCAUGGAGGUAGAUCCUCCGUCGCAGCUUAACGGAGACGGUGUCGCUGGGUAUUUCGAUAAGACUAACGACACAGACGCUGAAUUGAAGGAAGGAGACGACGGACAGUCCCGGGAAACCGCCCCGGAGACACCGACACCCAGCGCCGAGAGCAGCGAGCCCGCCGAUGGAGGAGGAGGAGGAGAGGCAGAAGGAGGAGGGGAAGCAAACGCCAGUCGCAAUAGCGUUAGCGUUAGCGACUCGAACACAGACAGCACCGAGCCCCCGGUAAACACUGCAGUAAACACCGCAGCAGUCACAGUGGCGGGCCCUUCUUCUUCUCCUUCCCCCGCUCCUGUUACAGAAACAGCGGCUGCUGCUGCUUCUUCGACUCCGUCCGCCGUCCCGCUAAACCUCCUGGAUACGUGCGCGGUGUGUAAACAGAGCCUCCAGAGCCGCGAAUGCGAACCCAAACUCCUGCCAUGUCUGCACUCUUUCUGCCUGAAGUGUAUCCCACAGCCGGAGAGACAAAUCAGCGUGGGAGUCGCCGGUCCCCACGGACAGGACACGCAUAUCGUGAACGUCAUGCGGUGUACAGUGUGCUACCAGGACUACAAACAGAUCGACAUGGUGGACAAUUACUUUGUGAAGGACACGACAGAGGCUUCUAGCACAUCGACAGAAAAAUCCACGCAGGUAUGCACCAGCUGUGAAGACAACGCCAGCGCCAUCGGGUUCUGCGUGGAGUGCGGUGAAUGGCUAUGCAAGACCUGCAUCGAAGCACACCAGAGAGUGAAAUUCACCAAGGAUCACACGAUACGUAAAAAGGAGGAUGUCUCUCAAGAGUCAGUGAGCGCAUCGGGACAGAGGACGGUCUUCUGUCCGAUCCACAAACAGGAAACGCUCAAGCUCUUCUGCGAGACCUGUGACAAGCUGACGUGCAGAGACUGCCAGCUGCUGGAGCACAAAGAACACAGGUACCAGUUCCUGGAAGAAGCAUUUGAGAAUCAGAAAGGAAUCAUUGAGACCUUUAUGGCCAAACUGCACGAGAAGAGGAAUUUCGUACAGUUUUCCGCAUCUCAGGUGCAAAAUAGAUUAAAAGAGGCGUCUGAGACGCACAAGAAGGUUGAGCAUGAGAUUAAGAUCGCAGUCUUUACGCUUAUCAACGAAAUCAACAAGAAAGGCAAAUCUCUACUUCAGCAGCUGGAGAGCGUGACGAAGGAGCGCACUGUGAAGUUACUAAACCAGCAGCGGGACAUCAGCUCACUGGCACAGCAGAUCCUGCAUGUUCUGCGCUUCACACACUGGGCCAUCAGCAACGGCAGCAGCACCGCAUUGCUUUACAGCAAGAGACUGAUCACAUACCAGCUGCGUUUCCUGCUUAAAGCUCGUGUUGAUCCGGUGUCUCAUGCCAACGGAGCGGUCCGCUUCUUCUGUGACCCCACCUUCUGGGCCAAGAACGUCGUAAAUCUUGGGAACUUGGUGAUUGAGAAGGUUCCCCCACCAGCCCCCCACCCUCAAAACAUGAUGGUGGGUCAGCAGAUUUCCCCAGGCCACAAUGCGGCAGGAAAACACCCCGGGCAGAUCAACCUGGCACAGCUGCGCCUGCAGCACCUGCAGCAGGCUGCUUUUGUGCAGAAACAACAGCAGCAGCAGCAACAUCAGCAGCAACAUCAGCAGCAGAUGCAGCAGCAAAUGCGCAUUGCCUCGCAAAUGUCCCAGCAUCCACGGCAGGGAGGACCAGCUCAGAUGUUACCGCAGCAACCUCCGAGACUCAUCAGUAUGCAGUCGCUGCAGAGGGAGGGUGUUAACGGUGGGCCCCACAUGUACCCCCCUCCCCCUCACCUGCGCAUGGCCAACUCGCAGAACCGCAUGCCUGUGGCUCAGCCUCGGCUUAACGGUCAGCCGUAUCCCAUGAUGCAACCGCAGCUCCAGAGACAGCAUUCCAAUCCUGGCCACGCAGGCCCCUUCCCUGUUACAUCCAUGCACAACGUCAGUGCCACCAACCCCACCAGCCCCACCAGUGCCAGUAUGGCAAGUGCCCAUAGCCACCGGGGUCCCACCAGCCCUCUAGUGGGCCCCAUCGAGCUCAUUCCUUCAGUGACCAACCCUGAGAACCUGCCCUGCCUCCCUGACAUCCCUCCCAUUCAGUUGGAAGAUGCAGGUUCCACCAUGUUGGACAAUAUCUUAAGUCGCUGCAUCUCUGCUAACUCUCAACUCCCAACUCUGGCAACCAGCAAUCUCAACUCCUCACCGGGUCCCUCCACACACUCCCCGGGGUCAUCUGGGUUAUCGAACUCGCUCACUCCCGUACGGCCGUCCAGCUCCUCCAGCACAGGAAGUCGCGGCAGCCGAGGGUCAGCUGGUAGUUCAGGGCCCGGGAACACAGCACCGGAACAGGUGAAGGUCAAACAGGAGCCUGGAGCGGAGGAAGAGUGUGGAUUCUCUGGGGCAAACGUCAAGUCAGAACGGGUUAAAGAUGGUCGACGGAGCGCCUGCAUGAUGAGCAGUCCAGAGGCCAGCUUGACUCCUCCUCUCCCCGUGCUGGGUUCCGUGUCCACCGGUUCUGUGCAGGACAUUUUAAGGACGCUGGGAGAAAACAUCAAAACGGAGCCGCAGAGCGAGAACCAGCCGCCGUCCUGUAGCAGCACACAAAACCCGAGCUUCAAAAGCAGCGCUCAUUUCACCAACGGGACCCAGACCACUGUGUUUUCCCAUCGCUCUCAGAGGGGCAGCACCAGCGGCUCUCAGACCAACGCUAACAGCCAGUCGAACACGGAAGGAAAAGAGGACGACCCGAACGAAGACUGGUGUGCAGUGUGUCAGAAUGGGGGAGAACUCCUGUGCUGUGACCGCUGCCCUAAAGUCUUCCACAUCACCUGUCAUAUUCCUACACUCCGCUCCUCGCCCAGUGGAGACUGGAUGUGCACAUUUUGCAGAAGUCUGUCCAACCCUGAGAUAGAGUAUAAUUGUGACGAUGAUCCUCCUGGUAAGAAAGACCAGAGCGAGCAGAGUCUGAGUCCUGAGGACCAGAGGAGGUGUGAGCGUCUGCUGCUUUAUUUAUUCUGCCACGAGUUGAGUGUAGAGUUUCAGGAACCGGUUCCUUCUUCGGUGCCUAACUACUAUAAGAUCAUAAAACACCCCAUGGACCUGAACCUGGUGAAGAGAAAGCUGCAGAGGAAGCACCCGCAGCACUACCAGAGCCCCAAAGAGUUUGUCUACGACGUCCGUUUGGUGUUUAGCAACUGUGCCAAGUACAACGAGAUGUCUCGAAUAAUCCAGGUAUAUGAUGAGGAGAAACAGAGUAAUGUGCAGGCCGACUCCGAGGUCGCCGAGGCAGGGAAGGCCGUGAGUCUGUACUUUGAGGAAAAGCUGGCCGUGAUGUAUCCUGACCAGAGUUUCCCAGUGGAACCAGAGAAAAGAUCCCGGGACGAAAGCACCACCGAGGAAGCGGCAGAGGAAUCGGAUGACGAUUUCGUGCAGCCGAAACGGAAGAGGUUAAAACCGGAGGAAAAGCCCGUGCACAUAAAGUGAAGGGGGGGGGAUCCUGCAGGACGUAAGAGCUGCAAAAACCAGUGUUGUUGGUCUUCCUCACAAUCUCUCAUGCGUUCUGACUCAUGCUGGACUCUACCGUAUCCAGAGCACACGUUCCUGUCCUGCUUACUACAAGGGUUUAUUGUAAAUACGUAUGAACUAUGAAACAUGAGUCUUAAAAGUUUCUUUGACUAUUUUUUGGGGAGAUGUCAUCAGAUGAGUUGGAUUUUGUCUUUGGUCUGUGUCUCAUCAGAAGGCGCAGACAAGGACUAAAAAAAACUUGUAUUUAAAACUGAGUUUGGACUUAAGUAAACAAUUGUUUUUUUUUUGUUUGUUUUUUUUUUUUAAAUAUCAUAUAUUGACCAUAUUUGUAAAUCUGUUGUGAUUUAUGCUUUAUAAAAGGACUGAAAUUCCCAGCUAUUCGUCUUGCUGUAUGAUAAACAGUUCUGGCUUAUCUGCUCCUUGUAUACAUGCAUUUGUUCCAUUGCAGUUUUGUGCUCUUCUGUAAAUAAUUCAUCUCAGUUCGAGAGGUUGAUUUAAUGAUCAUGUUCCCUCCCUCCCCCCCAAUAAAAGAGUCACCACUGUA